UUUAACUGGUGAAGAAUUAAUUGAUUUUAAAAAACAAUGAUAAAACACAGCGUUGAUAUUAAAUACUUUCGUGCCAUUGAGUUUCGUACAAUGAUCGGCUCACACGAUCGCCCGCAUAAGACGUGUUUUGAUAGCAGAUACACUCAGAUGGACAUCUGAACCGGCCGGGCGGCGUCUAGUCUUCAUUGUUGCUAUGCGAGGGAACCACCAUGCCCAACUCCGUCCACACCUCUUCUGAGAGUUUAUGUCAGCUGGUCCGCUGGGCUCACAGCCAUGGCACCAUUUGCAACCUCAUCCCCAGUCUGCAGCAUCACACUCGCGGCUCUUAUGACAAAGCACUGACCACGAACCGGCUGAGGGGCAACAACCAUCCAGUCGCUGUGUGGGGCUGUGGUGCUGGCCAUGCCUAUCAUUGGCCACUCGAUGGACAAGAAAACAUGCAUGCGAACACAGUGAAUACUGUCCAUACCCAGGAGGGAAUGGUCAGAGGUCAUCAGUCUAGUAAGGGCCCAGUAAGGUUGUCGUUUGACCUCUCUAGUGAACCCGCUUCAGAGGCAGAGGAGUUCAACAGCCCGCUCUUUGACAUAACAAGGUGUGAUUCAUCAGCUACAGACGAAGAGGAUGACCUACAAAUAACCAGGAAGAGAACUGCAAUGCCAAGAGUGACGGCCUGUUUGGAGAAGAGGGUUAAGCAGGAAGCAAACCCAGUUGAGGAUUAUGAUGCUGAAACAAACACGGUUUGCAGCGCUGAGGCAGAUGCAAACACACACAGUUUUGGAGAAGACGUCUGCUCUGACAUCCCACUAACAAAGUCACGUACACACUGCCACUCUCAGACACAGCAAGCUGAUCAAUGGCAGGAGGAGCAAGUGGAAUCAGAGGUAAAGCAGCGGGUUGGAGCGAACUGUCCCUCCGGAAACACAGAUCAGUUUGUGACCUGCAACUCCCCUACGAAAAUGGCUGAGAGGACCUCAGGGGAACGAGGAGAGGUGGACAAGCUCCGGACACUGCUGAAUGCUGAACGCUGUCGCAACCAACAGAUGACAGAGAUGAUUUCUAGUCUGAAGCAGGAUAAAGCGCUGCUGCAGCAGGAACUCACCAAGAAGGCAGAACUCAUCUGUGACUUCUUCCAGGACAAACUUCAUGCAGAGAAGAAGCAGCCUCAUUGCUCCAGCCAAAUGGAACCUGGCAGUUCACACACGACUCCCUUUGAGGAUGUGGCAGUUUUUGAGCAGCCAGCACUAUUUGAUUCCUAUGAAGAGGCAGAGCACCUCUCACUGGAGCACCUCCGAGUCCUAAAGAGCAAGAGGAGCAGAGAUGGAGAGAACACGAGAGUCAGGAUGAAAAAUGUGUCAGGGGUCAUCGCCCGCUACAUGGCAGCCCUGCAGGAGUUUCGCCGGAGCGUCUCCAUGAAGGUGGCCUUUGACCGCGUGGGUGUGGAUCGUAACACAAUCUCUCGCACGGCGGCCAUUGCUGAACUUAGUUUGGCUGCCCCAGAUGUGUUCCACUCUAUCACACCAUGGAACGAGAAGGAAGAGACUCUUGCCCACUACGCUCAUCGGUGCCGGCAGGCGAUGGAUGACAAUAUUUUGGCCAAAAUCAAGAUAAUGAAGGCAAAAGGAGAAUUGCUGCCAAUCGUAUCUAAGUGACAGAUAAUAUGGUUUUCAAAGAGUCUUCAUAUCAGAUUCAUCGUACAGUGUAUGUAGACGUACUUCUGCACCCUGGAAGGAGUCUCGAGUUCUUUUAGAGGACUGUGUAGCGCCCUCCGGUGGCGCAGUUGCUGAGGGUUGUUGGAGUGAUGGCUGGGUUGGAAGGCAUGACUUUAAUGCUGUUUUACUGCGUUUAUUAAAGAAAAACAAUACUGCAAUGGGAAAUAAAGCACAAAUAAAGU